GUACUUUCGGCUCAGCUGUUCUUAGUGGUUGGUGGCUUCGUUGCGCGACCUGUCUGCGGUGUUUUCUGUUUUAUUAAAAUUAAGGUAAAAUGACUUCAGGUGUCAUGAGUUGUUAUAUAUACAGCGAGGAUGACAGUUUACCGGCUAUAUAUUUACCUGACAAAACAGAAAUAUAUGUUGGACGAUCUGACAGUACUGGUAUAAGAGAUAGCAUGUGCUCACGAAAUCAAGUUCGGCUCUAUGCAAGCUAUGAGGACCAGAGAGUUUUCGUGCAGCAGGUUGGAACCCGGUCAUCUGGUUUGAACAAGUUUAAAACACGUAGAGGUGUAAAAUUGGUUUCAAGACAUGGAGACAGUUUGCAUAUUCUUUAUGGCAAGUACAAGUACCGAAUAGAAUUCAAUCCACCACCAAGUAAAGAAGAGCUAGAGAAAAAUUCAAAAAGGACCAUCGCUGAACUGGAUAAAGAAGACAAGGAGUUAUAUGAAACUGGUGAAAAAUUGAGUAAAAGAUUCAGGAUGGGUGAGAACAGUGAAUUAACAAGUAUGAAACUGUCGAAGGAAAGUGUUGAAGAGAAGCAGGAUAUAAAUGACACAGUGGAUAGUGAAGUCGUGAAUGAAAUAUUGUCUAAAGUAGAUAGUGAACAGGAUAUACAGGAAGCCUCACAUUCUAGUUGUAGUAACAUGAUUGGGGUAACAGGAGGCUCAGGAGAAUCUGUUCCUGAGGCAUGUGUAACAGGAUUCUGGGAGGAUAUAGAUAAUAAGGCACUGCUGAUCUAUACAAGCAAAGGAGUACAAUCUCGACCUAAAAUAGCAGCUUAUGAUAUGGAUGGGACUUUAAUAACGACUCGCUCAGGCUUAGUAUUGCCAAAGGACUGCAACGAUUGGCAAAUAUUAUAUCCAGUAGUACCAGCUAAAUUAAAGAAAUUAUAUGCAGAUAAUUACAAAAUAGUAAUAUUUACAAACCAAGGGCAAUUGGGUGCAGGAAAACUAAAUCCUAGCGAUUUUAAAAUGAAAAUUGAAAAAGUCGUUAAAAGAUUAGGUGUGCCUAUUCAGGUGUUUGUGGCAACAGGUAAAAACUACUACAGAAAACCAGUAACAGGAAUGUGGCACACACUGGUCAAGCAUAAAAAUGACAGCAUAUCCGUAAAUAAGAGUCAGUCAUUUUAUGUGGGAGAUGCGGCAGGUAGAAAGAAGGAUUGGGCUCCAAAAAAAAGAAAAGAUCAUUCCUCUGCAGAUAGAUUGCUAGCCCUAAACUUGGGCCUUACAUUCCAUACUCCUGAAGAACACUUUCUAGGACAAAAACCAGCACCUUAUGAGCUACCAGUCUUUAAUCCAAAGUCUUUAAAAAAAGAUGUCAACAUAUGCGAUCCACCAGAUGCCAAGAUUACUGCCAAAGAACAGGAGGUUAUCAUUAUGGUCGGCGGUCCUGGUUCCGGAAAAUCGCACAUAGCAAAAACCUACCUGGCUGGCUACCAGCAUAUAAACCGUGACACUUUGCGUAGUUGGCAAAAGUGUGUAACCCAUAUGGACGAAGCAUUAUCCAAGGGUAAGAGUGUCGUAGUGGACAAUACAAAUCCUGAUCCAGUCUCUAGAGAAAAAUACAUUAAGGUAGCACAGAUGCACAAAGUACCAACAAGAUGUUUUGUAAUGGCUACAGGCCUGGAACACUCCAAGCAUAAUAAUAAGUUUCGUGAACUCACGGAUUCCAAACAUCAGACCAUUACCGACAUCAUUAUAAAUUCCUACAUCCAUACAAAGUCCCAGCUGCUUUGGCCUUGCCUGAGAUUCAUCAGGUUACUUCUACUCCUGAUUCUACGUCUCUACGAUCAUCUCUUCACGAAUCUACAACCUUACAGGAAGAAUUACAAGCCACCCAGUCUGGACGAAGGAUUUUCUGAGAUCGUGAAAAUAAACUUUGUACCGCAAUUCCGCACGGAUAGGGAUCGACAACUUUAUGAGAUGUACCUGCUUGAAAAAUAGAAAAUAAUGAAAAUGAAAUCUAGUCAUCGCAGUUUACCGUGAAGACGAUCCCAUAAAAAUUAUCUACAUGAACAUUCCCUGAACGUAGAUUAGCGUUACAAUACUUAUAACAAUCAUGUUUUAGCUACAAUUAUGACUAUGCAUGUGACAGGUAAAAUUUGUGUGCGCUUCUGAUAUGCACAUAACUAUUAUAUAUAACUGAAAUAAUAUGUAUUGCUGGAAUUAUUAA